AUGUUUAUUUUAAAUGAACAAAUUUUAUCAAGUCAAUUAAAUUCCCCGACCAUUAUUAGAUUAUUUUCAACCAGUUUAAGAACCAUGUCUACUGAAUAUAACGUUAUUAUUUAUGAUCUUCCAAAUGCUGAUCGUUCCAAAGUUAGAGCUCAACAUGUUGCUGAUAUUCCUCAACAUGUCCCAAACCCAAUUAGAUCAGCUGGUGCUAUUUAUCAUGAUGAAGCAAAAACCAAAUUUGCUGGAAGUGCAUUUCAUUUAGUUGCUAAUUCUAAAGAAGAAGUAAUUGAAUUCUUAAAAAAAGAUAUUUAUUAUCGUGAAGGUGUUUGGGAUAUCAAUAAUGUUGUCAUUAAUCCACUUGGUGUUGCUGUUCGUUUACCAAAGAAAAUGGACAAAGUCGAUAGUGAACUUUAUAAAAUUUAA